UCCGUUUAUUCAGUCUUUUAAAUCUCUUUUCAUUUUAAAAUUGUUCCCAGUGUUGUGACAAAAUGUAACAAUUUAAGACAAUUAAAUGGAAGAUGUGAGUUACUUCAAAUCAAUAUUUUAUUAUUUAUUCCAGUGGAAGUAAAUUUCAACUGAAUUUAUUCAUUUUUCGGAUAACCUUUCUUUAAACUGUGAUCUGUGAUGACUUCAAUAUUCCAACUGUUAAUUGAUUUACUAAUCAUCGGAAUCUUGAUAAAUGUGCACCAAACAAAAGCAAAUGUUUUUCCAAGUCAAACCCGAUCUCGAUAUGGUUCAACAUCUAAAUGUCGUGGAGGAACACACACAAGACUUGGAUAUAAUCCAGAUAUUCCCAGAAUGGUUCCGGUUACUAAAGGCGAUACAAUAUUUCCAGCUUCUGUUCGAAUACCAUGUAACCGUCGAUUUCCUGGUUCUUACAUGGAUAAACUUCCUGGUGAUGGAGGCUUCAAGAUAACCAUUGUUGAUGCAGACCAUUAUUACACUCCGGGUAAAUCAUAUGAAGUUAAACUUGCUGGCUCUCAACAGUUUACCUUGUUUCAAAUGGUUCUUGAAAAUGGUGGCCCUCCAACUGACCCUGAUGCUGAUAUAAUUAAUCCAACGUUAAGAGAUGAUGUUGGUCGAUUCAUGUUAUAUCAAGAUGCAACAACUCGCUAUUCCGAUGAUUGUCCCAAUUCAGUUAUGCAUUCAGCCAACAUUACAAAAUUAAAUGUGCGGGUCAGUUGGCGAGCACCUCCAUCAGGCUCAGGCUGCGUUUUAAUCAAAGCAUCGAUUGCUGUUACACCUGAUAUUUGGUUCAUGGAUGAUGGUGAGUUGACUAGACGUUUGUGUCCCGACACAUCGUUGUCGAUUGAUGAACAACCUGAAAUAUUGGGACAAUGUGAUGCUUGUGAUGAAGCCAAAUAUCAAUUGUUGUUUAAGAUACUUUGGUCAAAAUUUACUCACCCCAAGAAUAUUCCCGACAAAUGGUUGUCUUAUUUUUCAAGUUUGAUUGGUGCUUCACAUUCAAAUGAAUAUCGCAUGUGGGAAUAUGAUGGUUAUGCAUCUAAAGGGUUGAAACAAUUGGCCGAAGACGGCAACACUGAGUUAUUGAAGGCCGAGAUUCGUGAAAGUGCUUCAAAAAUGAGGACAAUUAUAAAAGGCCGUGCUCUUGGUCUAAAUGAUCAUCGAGGUCAAACAUUUGCCAUUUUCAGAGUUGAUCGAGAAAACCAUUUAUUGUCAUUUAUAUCUAAACUUGGUCCAAGUCCUGAUUGGUUUGUUGGCGUUUCAGCUUUUGAAUUGUGUUUAAGGAACAGUUCAUGGUUAACUGAACGAACUAUGAACCUCUAUCUAUGGGAUGCUGGUACUGCUUCAGGAGACUCUUAUCAAUCUAAUCCUAGACCAACAAUGCCACCAGAAAGGAUUCAUGCAAUUACUUCUUCGUGGCCUGGAGAAGAGGGAAAAUCACCUUUUUACGAUCCAACCGGAGCUAAAAUUAAACCAUUUGCUCAAGUAACGGUUAAACGAUUGCGAACUUAUCCAAGAACUUGUGAUGAAAUUGUGAAAAAUAACAACAAGUUCAGUCACAAUUAUUCAGGAGACACUGAGGAACCUUUGAUAACCGAUAACAGACCUGAAUGUUCAGUUACUCCAUGGGCACUGAUGACUUGCAUUGGUGAACCUUAUGAAUCUGGUGAGCAAAUCCGGAACCGUUCAUAUAUUAAUCCAGUUUCUGCAGCUUCCAUGGGAUGUCAGAAUGUAUUGACAGAUAAAAUUCCUUGCAUGCCUGGCUGUAAUGGUGAAAAUAUCUGUGCUCUAUCUGAAUGGGGACCGUGGAGCAGGUGUGAUACAACCUGUGGUCGAGGUAAACGGAAUCGUCGUCGUUACUUCAUCCAUCAUGAAGCAGGCAGCUACUGUGAUUCGUCCAUGUUGGUUGAAUCAGAAGAGUGCCAUGAAUGGAGUGACGAUUGUUCAACUAAAGAAGCACUUGGUUCUUCGCCCGAGGAUCCAAGAUGUAUAACAACACCUUGGAGUGAAUGGAGUCCAUGUUCAGUCAACUGUGGUCUUGGUACAAAGUAUCGUAAACGAUUCUACGUGAGUGCUCGAGCAGCUGAAUUUUGUUCAAAAGAGUUGCACCAAGAAACCAACUGUAAUAUGGGAGUUAAAGAUUGCACUCCAACCAGUGAAGAGACAAGACCAAGACCAACAGAUAUUUGCCUCGCUCCUCUUCGAAGUGAACCAUGUUUAACAGGAAUGCUUGCUGAGCCAAUCAGACGCUGGUAUUAUGAUAAUCAGUCUCAACUUUGCUUGCCUUUCAACUUUACUGGAUGUGAAGAUAUUUCCAACAACUUCAAGACUAAACAAGAUUGUGAGAUACUUUGCCGGCAAAUGCUCAACUCUAAAGGUUCAGUCAUUACUAACUGACUUCUCAGUUUCAUUUAAAUAUUGUAAAUUGGAAAUGAUUAAACAUUCAUUGUUAACAUCAAUCAAUUGAUUCAACAUGAAAUAAGCUUGCAUUUGUAACAUUUAGUUGAAGCUUUUUUGAUUUCAUCUGCUAUGAAUAUGAUGAUUCUGCAAGAAGCUGAAUUAUUUUUGCUCUUGCUUUUUGGACUUUGAA